CUUUUUAAUACCACUCUUAAAUUUGGAGUACAGUAGCUUCUUCUUUUAUUUCAUCAGUAAUGACAUGCUUAUAGUGGUAAUGAUAAACUGUGGGCCUGAGUGUGUCUGUAAUAUAAGAACCCACAAACAUUUUGAGCACAGUAACCAAACAGAACAACACUAGGUAUUAUUUUGCUGCAUAUUUUUAAAAACAUAAAAGUAAGAACAACAAACUGUGGAACUGGUAAUGUCAGGCUCCUGGAUCAUAUGCUGUAAUAAAAAAAACUUAUCCAAGAAUGGAGUACAUGUAACGGACACAGCGGCUGAAAAUGUGCAAGAAAAAAUGAAGAUGAAACAACAAAUUACUUUGCUUAAUGGUGUUUCUUUAAUAGUAGGAAACAUGAUUGGUUCUGGGAUAUUUGUGUCACCCAAAGGUGUUUUGAUGUAUAGUGCCUCCUAUGGACUCUCACUAUUCAUUUGGGCCCUUGGUGGGAUCUUUUCGUUGUUUGGAGCUUUGUGUUAUGCUGAACUGGGAACAUCCAUUGUUAAAUCAGGAGCUAGCUAUGCCUAUAUACUGGAAGCUUUUGGUGGAUUCACAGCCUUUAUCAGACUGUGGUCUUCCUUGCUAAUUAUUGAACCAACAACUCAGGCUGUAAUAGCAAUUACAUUUGCUAAUUAUAUUGUUCAACCAAUUUUUCCAUCCUGUGAGCCGCCAUAUGAAGCAGUCAGGUUAAUUGCAGCUGGUUGCAUCUGCACCUUAACAUUUGUUAAUUGUGUCAAUGUGAAGUGGGGAACCAGAGUACAAGAUCUAUUCACAUAUGCAAAAGUUAUGGCCCUUAUCUUGAUCAUUUCGGUGGGUCUUUAUAAAAUUAGUAAAGGAGAAACAGAAAAUCUUAAAGCUCCAUUUGAAGGUUCAACAACUGAUGUAGGAUGUAUAGCACUUGCUCUGUAUUCAGCCCUCUUUUCCUACUCUGGAUGGGAUACCCUGAAUUAUGUCACUGAGGAGAUGAGGAAUCCUGAAAGGAAUCUACCCCUCUCAAUUGCAAUUUCAAUGCCUAUUGUGAUCAUUAUUUACUUGCUGACUAACAUAGCAUACUAUGUAGUGUUGGACAUGCCAGCUCUCCUAACAAGCGAAGCAGUGGCAGUGACAUUUGGUAAUGAAACCCUUAGUUAUGCUAAGUGGAUAAUUCCUAUUGCAGUGGCCAUGUCCUGUUAUGGUGGAUUAAACUCAUCAACUAUUUCAGCUUCCAGGCUUUUUUAUGUUGGAGCCAGAGAAGGACACCUUCCUGACAGUUUGAGUUUGAUUCAUAUAAAGUGUUUCACACCAAUCCCUGCUCUUUUCUUUAAUGGUUUCAUGACUUUGCUCUACCUCCUUGUGGAAGAUGUCUUUCUCCUCAUUAAUUACUACAGCUUCAACUACUGGCUGUAUGUUGGACUGUCUAUUGCAGGAUUAAUAUACCUGAGACAUACUCAGCCUGAUAGGCCACGGCCUAUUAAACUCAGCCUCUUCUUUCCUGUAGUAUACUGUUUAUGUUCCAUUUUCCUGGUCAUGGUUCCUCUCUACAGCAAUACAAUCCAUGCUCUCAUUGGAAUUGGCAUAGCCCUCUCUGGAAUUCCUGCAUAUUAUUUGGGAGUCUAUUUACCAUCUGAAAAGAAACCUAAAUGUCUUCAGUGGCUCUCUGCCACAACAACAAAAUACGUUCAGAUGUUGUUCUACUGUUGUCUGACAGACUUGGACACUCAAGUGGAUCAGACAGAAGCUAAAGCCAGAUAAGGUUGUCUGGACAUUUCCAUACUUGAAGCAUUUUUAGUGUCUGAAAUUCUUUGUGUAGGGUUGGUUACACAAAAGCACCAACAAUUACACUGUGCAUCAGUUUGAUGUUAAUUAUUUUUGUGCUUAUUUUUAGCCCCUUCACUGCCAAGGGUAUUUACCAAUCCCUGUUCAAAAGGAUUUUUUUCUAACUUUGUUUAUUAAUGCUGAUGAUUAGCUGAUGAUUAUGAAGUGCUUUGAAAAUAUAAAGCAUUGUAUGAAUAAACACAUCAUAUUACAUAAGUGUUAGUUUUUGUAAGCCUUUUGGAAUAAAUCUAUCCAGUGCAAAGCAGAAGCUUGAGAAAUAAAAAGACAAAUGAAAAAAUAUAAUGCAAAUCAGACACUUACUAGAUUUACAUUUCUAAAGCUGAGGUGGGAGAAGAAA